GCGGAUUUGGGGGCGACUUCGGGCCUGGAGCGGCUCCGCGCUCGUCAUUAUUUGUAACCAUAGAGCAUGAAUUACCUCUUGAGGUCAUCAGUGAGAAUUUACGACUGGUCAACAAAAGCACGUGACGCCCAAACGCACCCCCCACCCUCCCCCCAUAUUUGGCCGCAUACAUAGCAAAAACGAAGUACAGUGCAUCGCUAUAAUUCAUUAAUACAUCAUAAAUCGUCAAGCACGGGGUUAUAACGACCACGAGCCACAAAUCAAGCCCUCCAAAAUAACCCAAAUGAGCUCUUACUUUGUAAACUCGUUCUCAGGGCGCUACCCAAAUGGCCCCGACUAUCAGUUACUAAAUUAUGGGACCGGCAGUUCCAUGAACGGUUCUUACAGAGAUUCAAGCACCAUGCAUUCCAGCUCUUAUGGCUACAACUACAAUGGGAUGGACCUUAGCAUCAACCGCUCAGCCUCCUCCAGUCACUUUGGGGCUGUGGGCGAGAGCUCCCGCGGUUUCCCUUCUCCAGCUCAGGAGAGCAGGUUUAGACAGGCGUCCAGCUGCUCCUUAUCUUCUCCCGACUCCCUGCCCUGCUCCAACAGCGAGAGCCACGGCGGCAAACCCGCCCCGUCCCCCUCCGAGCCGGCUCCGGCUGCCAGCACCACCAACACAAAUUUCACAGAACUAGACGAGACCAGCGCGUCCUCGGGAGCCGACGAGGGCACUCCAAUAAGCAGCAGCAUCCCCCGAGCGCAGGCAGAGCCCAUCGCGACCUCCACGGCAGCGACAGAAGGGCAGGCACCUCAGAUAUUCCCUUGGAUGAGGAAACUUCACAUUAGCCAUGACAUGACUGGACCAGACGGGAAGAGGGCGAGGACAGCGUACACUCGCUACCAGACCCUGGAGUUGGAAAAGGAAUUCCACUUCAAUAGAUAUCUCACCCGCAGGAGGAGAAUAGAGAUCGCUCACGCGCUCUGCCUCUCCGAGCGCCAGAUCAAAAUCUGGUUCCAGAACCGGCGGAUGAAGUGGAAGAAGGAUAACAAACUGAAAAGCAUGAGCCUGGCCUCGGCGGGCAGCGCCUUCCAGCCCUGAGACCCCCCAGCCCCCGAGAGGAGGACGAGGGGAAGAGGAAGACGAGGAAGAGGAGGAGGCGGGCGAGAAAAAAACAAAAAAAAAACAAAAAAAAAAAUCAAACCAACCCCAAAAACGCAACAAAAGCCCCGAGUGAAUGAUGAAAUAAAGUGAAA